AUGAUCAGCUUGCUGCAUUGGGCCAACCGGCAGGUCUCCUCGGGAAGACUUUUGGUAAUCCACUGCAAGUGUGGCAGAAACAGAUCACCCGCACUUUGCAGUGUGAUAGCAGCGUGGAUGGCUUCCACGUCCAUCAGGACAAAAGAAGAGCACUAUAUGAAGCUUCGGACUCCUCGGACCCAAGCAUCUUGGGCUACAAUUUCAUCAGCCUUUUUGAUGAAUUGGGCCAAUGCUCAAAUCAGAGCAGGGCGAAAGCCCUUGGUGCACUGCAAGUGCGGGAAGAACCGUAGCCCAGCUCUGGCUGCGGUUCUCGCUGGCUGGAUGAGUGGAGCUUCAAUUCAGCCAGAAGCAUCUUGGGCUACCUCAGGGAACUUUCAAUUCCUGCAAGUCAACUGCCAUGUUAGUUCUGUGCCACUUGAGAUUGCUUCAUGA